AUGACACGCAGUAGAUCUUUAGGACAAAGAUUCGGCAGCCAUCUCCCUGCGGCUCAUAAACCUGAGAAUAAAGGAAAUCCCACAAGCACAAGGAAGACCAAAAAGGAUCGGGCACUGGCUGUAAUGUCCGUUAAAUCAACUCGUCCGGUGCCCCCAGUCCGACUCCGGCGGUCCAUGGCUUGUUUCUCAAUCCCACUCAUCCGUGCAGAACUAGUCAUGGAUGAGUCCCUAACAAACCUUGGAACUCUCAUCACCUACUCCGCCCCGCAAGAGGUGGUCGCCGUUGAUUUUGACACGAGGAUGGAGCACACAACCUGCCGGGUACCAGUGAUGGAGGGUGGGCAGCUUAGAGGGUAUGUACCCCUGCCAAUGAGGUACCGGGAUGUUUGGCUCGAGCUAUCCUACAACAUUGUACUAUUGAUCAACAUCUGGAGGCUUUGGUCGAAGGAGGAGGGAAAGGCUUUGAACUCGAAGGAGAAAAAGAUGGCCACUACUUGCCGACAGAACGCCGGAACGUUGCUUGUUCAAUACAUGUUUGCCAGGCUGCUUGCGGUGGAGGAGUUGGUCGGCUUGAAUUAUAACACGGAGCCUGGUGAGGAGUGCGUGAAAGUUCUCAACGAAUGGAAGGUCCGGAUGGUUCGGGAUUGGUUCUAUAUGACUCACUCGGAGGCCAAGGCUGAUGGACCUGAAUUCUUGCACGCAGAUCCCGUCAGCCUCGAAAAUAAAGCAUUUUUCGAAAUGAGAUGGGACAUAGAGGAGGAGGGUCGGGACAUCAUGUCGCUCCCGGCAGAUACCAAUCUCUGGAUCCACGGGCGUAUCGAAGGGCUCGACGACACCUUUGAAAAAACAAUUAAACCUCAGUCCUUCGAAGAGAUGAGCAAGCCCAGCCAAUUUUUCGAGACUCGAUAUGAGGAAGGGGCCAAGCUACCGUCUCGCUGGCACGAGGGACACGAGCCUCGUCCCCUCUUCUGGAGCAUCAAGCAGUGGGAUUGGUUCAGGAAUGACUAUUGGAACGCACCAAUUGACCUCUUGCGUUACGCUCUUGUCACAGAGCCAGCGUACCACGAUGUCGGCCAGUUCUUGGGCGACCUCUGCAGCCUCAGCAGCAUCAUCUCCAUCAAUCCUAAUUGGCAAGACAUCGAGGCGAAUGCGAAGGACCUCUGGCUCGGAAAGAUGAUCUGGAGGAAGUUUGUGGGCAGUUUGAGGAGAAGUUUGAAUCUUUCCAAGGAACAAACAGCAACUUCAGAAACAAGGGAUGACCGAAAUCCUUUCAAUACGUUGGAGGCUCGUUUGAUCUUUGAAGGAUACAUGCGCCGGGGGAAAAUGAACUCCAAGGUUCAGAGCACCGAGGACGACACCCUGUGGGAAGUCUUGAACCAAAUCGGUCCGCCAGAACAUCUGCCGGUAUGGAAAUGGGUCGCAAGUGAGAUACAGCUGCAUGGCUCCAUGUUAACGGAAGUGUUGAACAAAGCCGGGGCUUGGUGGCGCGAUUUUAGAUACCAGCAAGUGAAAUCUUCUCAGGCGGAAACAAAUGCCACAGAACAGACUGACGAGGAGGAGAGCAAUGCGGGUGCUGAUACACCGCCAGAGAUUGCAACGCAGGUCCACGAUCAACAGGAGGGUGGAUCUGAAAAUGUUGAUGGUCUUGGAGAGCAAAACUCUGAGAGCUCUGGCGACGCUUGCCCUCACCCGGACGGUGUUGGAGGACAUCCUUCUGGAGCUACCGCUGCAGCCAACUCAACAGCUUUUGCGCAUCCUACUGCCUUGCACAAUUUUACGAAACCCAAACUUGCUCUUCCUCCUGCUCUCCCUCCGCCUGCUAACACAACAACUACAGUUCAGGUGCUAGAGACGAGGGAAAGCCAACGACAGGAGCUGCAUCCCAUCCAUCUGGGUUUAACCAGGUAUCUUGAGGGGCUUGAAUCGUUGGAAACAUACAGGGAAACCUUGAUGAAGUCCCUGUCCUCGGACUUUGAGGAGGGCAUUGGGGAAUUUGUGAAAGAUCUUCAACGUUUCCCUGUGGAGCAGCUUACAGUGGAUUUGGCAACGCCGAUCUUGGACUCCUUCGUCCGCCGUGUUAAAGCAAUACAGGCGAAGAAAGAAGCCUGGAAAUCGGAAAAGGUCCUCCUGUGA